UUCCUCAUCAUUCUAAUUUCUAAACCAGCAAGUCAGCGCAACUAUACACAGGAAAGCUUGCCACGUAAUCUCCGAUUUUCCCUCUGUUUCUCUUCUUCCAUCACCGCAGAAAUACAUUCAUUCGUUCAUCUUUCUAGCUCAAUUUAUAUUAACCCAAAAGAUGAAAAAAGGUUCACAAACGGCUAUAUUUUGACUAUUGUUGCGAAACCCUGAAUGCCCCCCUCUCUCGGUGGGGCCCCCAAAUUCUCAUCUUUUUCAUUGCUGAAUAAUUGGGAUUCUAUCCAAUUGAUCAAAAUCACAACUGGUUUUUGAUUCGGGUUUGUGAUGACUUACAAUAAUGCCGGCCACGGCGAUCUUAGGAUGGAUGUGGAUUACGUGAAAUUGGCGGUUGGCGUGGGCGCUGGGGCCCAGUGCCUGAAUGAGGCCUCGCCUUCUUGCGGCGGACGAGGCCAAUGGUGGUCGUGGCUGUGGUGGUGGGCGAAGCUUCUACUGGUGGCUUUGUUUAUUGGGAUUUUGCUCGCGGUUUUCUUGAAAUGGAUCGGACCCUUCGUCAUGGAGAAGGAGAUCAUCCCGUUAAUUAAUUGGGAGAGAGAAUCGUUCAGCAGAAAGCAGCUAGGAUUUUUAAUCUUUUGUUCUCUGGCAAUAUUCCCAUCCAUCCUUUUACCUUCUUCGCCGUCUAUGUGGCUUGCUGGGAUGACUUUCGGAUAUGGUUAUGGAUUUUUACUGGUUGUUGGAGGAGUCAUAUUUGGUGUCUCUCUUCCGUAUUUCAUUGGUUCACUUUUUUACCACAAAAUCCAGGUAUGGCUAGAGCAAUAUCCUAAGCGAGCUUCUGUGAUAAGAUUGGCUGGCGAGGGAAGUCUGUUUAAUCAGUUCAGAGCUGUAGCACUCAUUAGGAUUUCUCCUUUCCCUUACAUCAUAUAUAACUACUGUGCCGUAGCUACAGAUGUGAAAUUUGGUCCUUACUUCUCUGGGACACUUGUUGGGAUGGUGCCAGAAAUAUUUCUUACACUUUACACUGGAAUUAUAAUACAAACUAUAGCUGAUGCUGCGGAUGAUCGGCAAACUAUGUCAGGUCCUCAGAUUCUGCUCAACAUUGCUGGCUUUUCCAUCACCGCGGCAGCGACAGUGCUAGUAACAUUGUAUGCGAAAAGGCGACUGAAGGAACUGCAGAUGGAAGAGGUGCUAGUCUUGCAGUAACACCUCACAUUACAUGUGGCAAGAUUAUUGCUUUCUAUUGCAAUUAUAUACCACCCGUAGCAUAUAACGAACUGUUUCAUCAUCUGGUGAGUUUAUAAGUUGGCUCCUCAUUCUUUGAGACUCGUCUGCCUGGAGGGGGAAAGUGAUUUAGUUGGGCACCGCAACUGAUGAUAUCGAUUCUUGCUUCCUUCCUUACCCUCCCCAUCAUGAUCUGUAUAUAUACAUAGUCCUCGUUCUCGGCUUUUUAAGGGUUAUGUUACAAGAAGCCAUCCAAGCUAUUAUUACCUUGGCUUCACUUAAUACUAUAAGUCAGUAUUGACACUUUGCCAUAAGUUUAAAUUCAUUAAACGACUGUGUUCAUGUAAUUCCAUGCCUUAAUUUGUUGAUUAGAAA